AUGCGCCCCACUCCUGCUCCCGCAGACUCGCGUCCCAGUCCGCUCCUCAAAGGCAUCCGCCGCCCGCGGAAGUUUAGCGCCAUCAGACGCGAAAACGUCCUCGCAGCCAUGAGCCCCCGGCGUCCUAGCAGCUCCCUCGAGCCCUUCCUCGGCACCUACCGCAUCGUGUGGGACUCCGAGUCCAACAGCUACCCGCGCCGCGAGGUCUUCAAGAACAACGACCCAGAGGACGGCCUCCUCGAGCUGACGCGACCGAAGCGCGCACAGGCGUGGCCGAGGGAGCACGCGGCCACUUCGAGCGUCGUCCUCCGCUUCUGCGACUCCUUCCUCGGCGCGGACCACACCGCGUCCCACCUCAAGCCCUCCCUGCGCCCCACGCCCGCCUCCGCCUCCCCACCCCAAAACCCCUCCGUUUCCAGCCCGGGCUCGUCCUUGCUCUCCCCGUCCCCCACCUCCCCAUCCCUCUCGCGCUCAUCCUCGCGCCGCUCCCGCCCGAACACACCCUCUACCUCCUCAUCCCGAAACGCCGACUCCUCCUCCGCUCACGACCCAGACGGCCCGCCGCGCUUCUGGCAGCUCGACUGGGACCCGUCCUUCCCGCGCCUCGGCUUCCGGCACGAGGGCAUGGACCUCACCGCGCCCUUCGGCCACGCGCUCUCCUUCGCGCGCGUGCGCGACGACCGCGGCUUCCCUUUCGCCGUCCUCGACCUGCGCCCCGCGAGCGACCAGGGAGGGGAAGGGUAUAUUACGGUCGUGGCGAAAAGGGUGCCGGACCGGUUUGCGAGGGAGGGCUUGUCGGAGGGGGAGAGGGCAAGGUUGAGGAUGGGGGAGGUGCAGGAGGGCUCGGAUGGUGUUCGACGAGAAGAAGUUAUCGAACAGGCCGAAGCGGACAUCGCAGCGAUGCUGCAGCGCUCGCGCAUCGCACUCGACGUCCCCAAAUACCUCUCGAGCGACCACGACGUCGUCUGGGGAGUCGCGACCCAGCCAUCGGAGGAGGUGAGCCCAAGCGCCCACGCUGGGGUAUACGACGCAGUCUCGACCUCCUUCUCCUGGCACGGCGCCCCAGCCGUCCCUGGGGUACACACCCUCGACGCCGACGCGCGCUGGACCUUCCGACGUGCCCACCCCGCUCUGUACGAGCUCGCCAUGAGCAAGGCCGUCACGCUCACACUGGCCCACGCCCCGCUAUUCCCCGGGGACGACCGCCCCAGGUUCGCGAUCCUAGACGCAGAGAUGCGCGACUCACCUUCUCCCCCUCAUACGCCCUCCGCCUUCAGCGAAACGACGCGGAUGCCAGACGCCAUGGGCGCCCUCGUGCGCACCGACACCGGGUUUGCCAUCCCAAGCUGGGACUGGGAGGAGUCCGAGCCGCACGCCUCGGCGAGCCCCUUCGGGUCUGCGCGCGCGGUGCUCCGCUUCAGCUGCGAGCCCGACGCCGCGCGCCGUCCGUUCGUCGCCCUCGAGUGGACGGUGCCCGGUGGGGAGCUCGUGAUGCUGACGGUGUUCAAGCGGUGGCGGGAGGAGGAGAAAGAGAACGGGGUGGGGCGUGGGCUGGGCGUGGAGGAGCGGAGGAGGCUCGGGAUUGGACUGGGGUAUGGGGAGCUAGUGGCGAAUUGGGAAGCGGGGAGGCGGUACUGGGAGGGAGCGGAGCGGGAGCGCGCCGGGGCUGGGGUGGCUGUUUGCGACGCUUCAAAGUACCAGUUCCUUCACACUUCGUGCCCUGUAGAGGACCUAGGAGUAAAAACAGGCAUGCCUGGACCGUUGACCAGGAAUAUGUGCGAUAGCGAGAAUGUUCCUAAGAUCCUAGACGGAGACAAAGUAAUAUGGGGCGUGGUAUCCUUGACGAUGUUGCCCUCUGGGUUUCUCCCGGAAGGCGUCCCGCCUGUUGCAACUUCCGUGAUUCCUGUUGUCCCGGUUGCCCCACCCUCCCCUUCCAUCGCUUCAACCCGUGCACUCGACCCUUCCCCUGGCAAGUCGCAGACGCGUGCGUUUGUUGGCGAGAUAAACUCUGCGGGACCAAUUGAGGUGAAAUCCGAGCGACCGGUGUACAAGGCGUUCGGUACACACAAAUAUCCAGCCGAAUUGAUUCAGCGUGCUAAACAACGAGCCGCCUCGAUACCGCCAACGGGAGCCGUGUCGGGGCUUGUACUGGGGAAGCGAGCGGAGAUGGACCAGAACCAGAGCAAGAUGUUCGAGCAAGUCGUCGCCGGCGCCACAGGAGGAGAGGCCAUCGCACUGGACGUCAGCAACCCGACCAAGCCACAGGAGACCAGUACUCGUCAGGUCCCUGCCAGGGCGGUGGGGGUGCGGCGGGAAGAGUCCACUAUCGUCCUGCCCAGACCGUUGUGCAUGAGGACGCCUCACACCGUGGAACCUAUUAAAAGAGACCUCAGGGUCUGGUUGGGGUGGCAGGUGCGGAAAGAAGUCCGGCGGUCGGGUGGCACCUCGAUAUCGGGUCUUGAGACAUGUACUAUCGAGCACUGCCGACUUGCGGGGUGCGUUGAAGAGAGGACAGUCGGGGCUAGUGACUCCCCGGCGGAGUAUAAGACGACGUGGACCAUCAAGUGGGACCAUCCAGGGCAUUUUGGCGGAGGGGCCUGCACAUCGCUGUCGCUGGAGUUCAAUUUCCAGACGGAUGAAGAAUCGGAAGACACAGGAGCCCGCGCGCCGCUCGCUUGUAUGCUGUGGACAUUCCUCAGCCCAAAGUCGUGCAAAGUGAUUAUGGUGUUGAAGAAGCGACAGGGGUCUUCGACCGACAAGAUGCUGACCUCAGAGGAGAAGCAGAUGUUGGGUAUAGGAAUGAACUCGCAACAGGUGAAGAAGCAUUACGCGUCCCGGAAAGGAGCAGCAUAG